AUGGAGUUUCCUCACGCGACACCAUCCGAGUCGCCAUUUGGCAUCGUCAAGCCCUCUUCUUCCUUCUUCACCAAGCCCAUCCGAGUCGCACCUCUCAACAUCGCCACCAAACACCAGCAACAACAUCAGCGACCAUCACUCACAGCCUCGGUCAAAAUGAUGAGUCCAACAUCCUUCGCUUCCUCUCCACACCCUUUUUCAACCCAGACACCCCGCCCUUCACUCUCGUCACAGACCUUCCUCGAGGCCAAUGUGCGUCUUUUGUGUGACAUGGUCGACACUAUCAUGCGAACCAACGAAUCCGACCAAAAGAUGCUCCGCAUCGAAGUCUCUCAACAUCCAACCACCGUCGAUAUGCCCACGAAUGCGCUCGAGCCAUCCUGUAAUGACCCCAAAUCGCCACUCUAUAUCCUUUCGCCCAAAUCGUUCACCCAGGCAAAGAGCGAUAUCUCUAAGUUGGAUGACAGUGUCGUCUCCAAGUUGAAUAGCAACACACUCUUGGACCUCUUCCCAACACCGCCUCCUCUUCCUUCUGCUGCUCCUCAUAUUCCUUCCUCAGAACCAACAAACAACAACACUACAUCGAUUACUUCAGCAAUCCCUCAUCUCGCCAUUCCAAUCUUGGACCGACCCACCACCAUUAUUGUCUCCCCAACCACGUCUUGGUCUUGUCCUUCGGAAGAUUCUGGGGACUUUCGACCCAGGAAAGGGAGCAAGCAGCAUCGAAAUUGGGUAAUCUCAUCGGGUCUCUUUGUGUCUACCUCAGAGACUGCAGCAACAUCAACAGCAGGGACGGAGGAAAGGGAGGAGGAGAACGACUCUACUCACCCCAAAGGCGCACUGAUCCACGGGUCCAAAAAGAUGACAGAAACGGAGGCCUCCAAAGGGGGUUGUCACCUUGCAGCAGCAUCACCACCUCCUGGCAUUAUUUCUCCAGCAUCAUCGACCACAACCACAGCUGCAACCAUGUCAGCAAAGGCAGCACCAGCUGCAGUACUUCCCCGCCCCCUUGUUGCACGGAGGAGUUUACGCCAGGAAAAGAACCACUUGUCCUUCUCAUCUACCGUCGGAUCUGCUUUGCCUGCUCCCUUGGUGACCGCCAAUCUGGGCGUCGCCUCUAGUAGUAUGGAACGUCUGCCAAUCAACGCUAAUUUCAGCAGCAGCAACAAUAACAUGGACACUCCUUGUUCGGCCAGCACGAUCAUGUCGCCCUUCAGCUCUAUGGAUGCCCUCUCGCAGAGUCUUUUGGAAAUCGAGACCCAGAUGCGACGACCCUCAUUCCUCAUGAACAGACGCACCUCGAUCCUCUCCACCCUCUUUGCCACUAACUCGCUUGCCCUGGACCAAUACGACCGAAGCGAGCAACCAUCACCGUUCCCAUCGAUCGAGUCGUUGACUGUCGAGUCUGCCGAGGUCGAACCUAGCACUCUCUUCUUUGGAGUUCCAAAGGAGCGUCAUGAAACUAAGGGUGCUGGACCGUUGGAUUCCCUCCACUGUACAUUUGAGCCAGUACAGGCGAUGGACUGGCGUGCAUGGCAUGGAUCUUGGAUUCGUAGACGGAUCAAGCCCGAGGAUGACGGUUCUGUCCUCUCGCCUACCAGCCCCGCUCCCUGCUCAUCCUACUCCUCGACCCGUUCAUGGGGAUUGCUGUCACCUACGAGUCCAGCUCCUCGUUCAUCCUACUCCUCCACCAGAUCAUCAUCCUCCAACACUUGCACAUCACCCAAUAUUACUCUGAGCCCAGCAACCACACUUGUCAAGCGCCUCUCCCAAAGGAUCCGACGCCCCCGCAUGCUCACCACCACUUCUCCUACUUCAACCCUCUCCUCCUCUGCCUCCUCCCCACUCGCCGCCUUCGCAUCCUCGCCCAUGUCAACAUUUUACUCCCCCUUCGCCCUCCCCACCACCCCAACCACGCCUACCAAGGACGCUAACCCUGAGCUCUGGGAGAAUGAAGGCCAAAAGUGGGGCGAUCGUUUCCAAUCCCUCCUCAACAACUUUCAACCCAACUCUACUUCUUCCUCGUCAGCCUUGCCUCCUCUGCCGCCUACACCUUCUUCACCACCGCCAUCGUCGAAUGGAAAGCCGCCCAAGAAGCGGUGGGCCGACAUCCUGCCCAAGAACCGAUGGAACAAGUGGUCUUCUUCUAGGACAUCCUCCUCCCCUUCCCCAUCCUCUCGGUCUUCUUCUGAUUCUGAACGCGCGUAA